GGCGUAGUCGGCAGGAUGCCCGCCGUGAGAGUGUUGUCCUUCCAGAUAAUAGUCUGAAACUUUCUGUGUGUACCUCCUGGAGUUGCAAGAAGCGAUACUUUUUGAUAACUUAGACGUGAGCACCUCUCCAGGAAGAUCGCUUCAUACUCUGAAACUUUACUAUUUAUGUGUGUACCUCUCGAGGACGUAUGAAUUUUGUCUUUAAUAUGUGUGUGCCUCCUCGGGAAGACCUCUCUGCAUUUUAUCUUGCAACUUAAGUGUGAAAUUUGAACCUCUUUCGUGCGUGCCUCUUGGGGAAGUGAGGAAGUGAUACACGUUUUUUGACUUAAAAAACGUGUGUGCCUCUCCAAGAAGUUUAUUCACUUUGUUGAAUCCUAGAAAGUGUUGUUUUAGCUUAAAAUUAACUGCGGGUUUUGAAACCGAAGUGUGCCUUGCUUUGGUGUGGUGUUUGCAGUUUUUUGUGUGGUUUCGCAGGGAAGUUACGAGCGAUUUUAAGUUGGUUUAGUCUCUUUGUCCUUGUGCUUUCCUCAACAAAGGGAGGCGCGAUCGGAACAUUUACAUUUCUUUAGGUGUGGUGUGCCUCCGUGGGAGAGGCGAUAAGGAGUUAUUUGUACUUUUGAAUAGGAGUACCUCCUCCUCUCUCAGUGUAUAUCUUUCUGCGUAUUUAGAAAUGAGCAACAGUAUGGCCAGUAUGAAAAGUGAAGAUGUAUUAUUUGAUCUUUUAGAAAAGCAUGGGGCUCGGCCUUCUGUAUCAGGGGUGGAUUGGGCACGACAGAACUGGUAUAAUUUGCAAAGUGUUUCAGACCGUAUUCGUGUUUUACAAAAUGAGGCUCGUACUUGGGCUGGAAAAGGGAAAUCUUUUAUUUGUGCAGUACUCGGUGCUGCUUUAAAAGCAGCUGUGGAGUUCCGAGAGGAAAAGAACUCUACGGAAACCCAGACUAUUCAAGCAUUACAGGAAUCGGUUAAAGUGACGCAAGAAUUGGUAAAAUCUCUGAGAAGCCAAAUGAGUCUUGAGGAUCAAUUAGAAAGAGAAAGACAUAAUUCAGUUUUGUUGCAAACAGCUUUUAAGGAGCUGAUAACGUGUAAGGACACCGGUGACACUGUUAUCCACAGUGCACCUCAAGAAAAAGUUUAUCCUCAAGGGAAAUUACAAGAGGUGAAGGAAAGGCUAGAUAAAUUAGAGGCCUCUCCAGCCCACAUUCGUCCUUUGAUAAAAACUGAAUAUACUUUCGAUAACAGUGAGGAUCUAGAUCCUCAAAUGAAUGUUAAGGAAAUUCCCUUUUCGGCCACUGAACUGGCCAAACUGAAAAAGGAUUUCAGCCGCUCCCCAAAGGAGUCUGAAACAGAAUACGUCUGGAGAGUUAGUCUCACUGGCGGAGACCAGAUCCUACUAACAGAGAAAGAAGCUGAAGGUUACUGGGGACCAGGAGUAUUUUUAACCACUGGCAAUAAUCGUGCUCCCUGGUCCUUAACACAGAGGGCUGCCUAUUGGGCAGGGGGUCUCAACCCUUUAGAAAGGGGGGACCCUCUUGCUAUUACUGGAACUAUCGACCAGUUAGUGGAGAAUGUUCAGAAAGCUGCUUGUCUCCAAAUGAUGUAUGAUAGAAAGUUGCAGCCACAUCAUGAAUCACCCAUGAUGUUACCUGUUAAUCCGGAGAGAUUGACACCUCUAAUUAGGGGACUUCCUGAAUCGUUAAAACCUAUAGGUAUACAACUCCAAGGAAAGAUACAAGCCAUGUCUCAGGGAGAGAGAGCCUGGGCAGCAUUGGAGGGAUCUGUAACCCCUAACCACCAGUCAGGAUCCAAAGUGUGGACUUGGGGAGAGGUUGCCCAAGAAUUAAUUAACUAUGGAAGAAAAUAUGGGCCGGUGGUUUCUACCUCCAGUAAAUUUGAGCCAAGAGGAGUAAGGCUUGCAGUAGCCAGCCUUGCCUCCAGGCCACCUAGCCCAAGACUUAUUGGAACCAAAAAGGUUUCAUCCCCAGUAAAAACGGGGACACGAUGCAUUGAUCAUAAACGCAAUGGACUUUGGACUCUGGGCUGGAGAAAGGGUAUUCCACGAGAUUUGAUGAAUGGAUUACCCACAGUCAGAUUAGAGAAAUUAGUUAACUGGUGGCCAGAACAAAAGCUCAAGGGCAGCUGAUGCCUUCGCCCCCCC